AUGGACGCGGCGAAGUUCUGCGAGCUGCUGCAGGCCACGCUGGCCGAAGAUGCUGCUGUGCGGCGGCAGGCAGAAGCCCAACUUGCUGCUCUCAAAGCAGCAGCAGCAGACAGCUACGUGGGCUGUUUGCUGCAGACUCUUUCGGGGCACCCCGAGGAGCAGCUGCGGCUGCAGGCUGCUGUGCUGCUGCGGUCUUCGGCCUUCGGGGGCCCCCUGGAGGGGGGGGCCCACCUGUGGGGCCGGCUGUCUGCUGCAGCAAAGGCAGCAGUGCAGCAGACGCUGCUGCAGCAGCUGCAGCAGGAGAGCAGCAAGACUGUCCGCAGCAACAUCUGCAGCACCACUGCAGACCUCGCCUGCGACCUCCUCCCAGAGGACCAGUGGACCACUCUGGGGCCCCAGCUGCUGCAGCUGCUCAGCAGCAGCGAGCCGCAGCAGCAGCAGGGGGCCCUUCACAUUCUUGCAGAAGUUGUCCCGGCCUUGGGGCCCCAGCUGGGGGGCCCCCAAGAAAGUACCCACUUGGGGGCCCUUGUCCGCCGCUGCCUCAGUGCUGCUGCUGCUGCUGAGACCAACGUCGAGGCCCUCUCGCUCCUCGUCGCCCUCGUGGAGGACGGACAGCGAAGUGUUUACAGAAAGGUGGGGACUGCGGAAAGCCCCGUGUCCCUUCUGGUGAUUUCUGCUGCUGAGGCGGCGCUGCGGCAGGCGGGCGCAGAGACGCAGCCGGGGGAGACUCCGGACUUCCAGCUGGCCGAGAGGGUGGCGGGCUUGUUGGUGCAGCUGGUGGAGGCGGACAGGGGCGGCGGCGCUGCGCUGCUGAAGCCUCAGCUGCCGCUGCUGCUGAAUUACUUGUUGGCGCUGGCGAACGCGGGGAAGGGCUUGCCGGGCCUUGCUGCUGCUGCGGACGCAGCAGCAGCAGCAGCAGCAGCAGCAGCUGCAGCAGCAGGCUCCGGCGCCCCCGCGGCCGCCCCCGGCGCAGCAACCCCCUCCGUCGCAGGAGCAGCAGCAGCAGCAGCAGCAGACAAAGUGGAAGGCACGGAAACUCUCCGAAGACUGGCCAUUGAGGCGCUGCUGUGCUACGCGGAAAUGAGGCCUCAAAGCCUGCUGGGGUGUACAGACACCCUGCGCGAAGUCCUCAACACUCUCCUCAGGUGUAUGCUCGAGGCCGAACGCGAAGAGUACAAACCCUGGUUCGAGUCCGGCGAGGAGGACGACGACGAGCAGCGGAUGUACGGGAUCGGGGAGGAGGGGCUGGACCGGCUGGCGCGGAGCUUCGAGGAGGAGGAGGGCAGCAGCAGCAGCAGCAGCAGCAGCAGGAACUCGAAGCGGGAGAGUCUGUCUGCUGCUACUCAUUUGCUGCCGCUGCUCGCAGAUGCCAUAAAACCCUUUCUAGAACAAGAGAAAUGGACUUUCCGUUUUGUGGCUCUCAUGGCCAUCGCCCAAACUGCAGAAUAUCUUCCCCAAGGCGACGAGCAGCAGCUCGCUGCUGUCGUCCACACUGUUGCCAAGGCGCUGGGGGACACGGACUACCGCGUGCGUUUUGCUGCUUGCCAAUGCCUGGGCCAGCUGGCCCUCGACCACGCGCCCACAGUGCAGCACGAGUACACCCACGAGCUGCUGGACCCUCUAGUCCGCUGCUUCUCCGACCCGACCCCGCGGGUGCGGAGUCACGCCUGCGCGGCCUUCGUGAACUUCGCGGAAGAGUUGGAAAAGAAAGAAAUGAAAAAAGUGCUUCCUGCAGUUAUGCCCAAAGUGCUGGAGCUAGCUGACACUUCUUCCCCGCUGCUGGUGCGGCAGCACGCGAUAACUUGCAUAGCAGUGGUGGCUGGAGUGCUGGAAAGCGACUUCAAGGUUUACUACUCUUCAGUGCUGCCGGCGCUGCUGCAGCUAAUAAGCCAAACGGGCCCGCAGCCGAGCAGCCACAGAGAGGCGGCGCUGCUCAGCAGCCUCAGGUGCAAGGCCAUCGAGGCCGCCUCCAUCGUGGGCUACAGCGUCGGGAAGAGCGUGUUUGCGCCGGACAGCAGGGUGGUGAUGGAGCAGCUGUUGCAGCUGUUCCGUACGACGGAGUCUUCUCUGGUGGCGGCGAACAGCGCGAGCAGCAGCAGCAGCAGCAGCAGCAGCAGCAGCAGCAGCGGGGAAGAGGUGGAAGAAACGGAAACUUUGCGGGAAUACCUCGCAGAGGCCCUCGCCAGACUCUGCAGAGUCUUAGAAGCAGAUUUUAUUCCUUACUUGGGGCAGCUGCUGCCGCAGCUCUUCGCCGUUUUGGCGCUGCAGCCCCGCGAGCUGCAGCCCGACGAGUUGGCCCGCGCCCAGGAGGACCCCGCCUUUGAGGACAUGACUUAUGUGGUGCUUGAUGAGACAAAAAGUGUGGGGCUGCGGACUUCGCUGCUGGAGGAACAAGAGCGGGCUUUGGAGCUGCUGCAGACGGUGCUGUCAGUGCUGGCGCAGCCGUUAGCUGCUGCUGCUGCAGUGCCAGAGACGGCGGAGGAGGUGCGGGGGCUGCUGCUGCAGACCGCGCAGACCAUUGGUCCACUGCUGGGCCACAUGCUUUCGGAGGCGGUCAAGGAAAGGGCCCUGGAAGCAACUGCUUCGCUGCUGGAGGUCCUGGCCCUGUGCCCGCAGCACAGCAGCAUCAGGCGCCAGCUGCUGCUGGAAACUCUUCGAGACGUUUUUGCUUCCCUUGCAGACGCAGACACUGACGCAGAAGCAGCACAAACCCAAGUUGCUGCUCUUUCCCGCUGCAUUGACGCAGCAGCAGGCGGCAUCCUCAGCCCUCUGGAGGUCGCUGAGGAGGUGAACAAGGCGAUGGAGCUGCUGCGCAAGAGCGGCGAGAGGAGGCAGCAACUGGCAGCUUCGCGGCAGGCGGAGGCAGAGACCGAAGACGAAGAACUAUCCGACGAAGUCGAGGACGAGGAGACUGAGAGGAACUUGAGCUCGUCGCUGGUGGAGUUGGUGGGGUCGCUUAUGCGGAGCCACCCUGCGGAGUUCCUGGGGGGCCCCGCAAUAGAGUCGGCUUUGGGUUUUGCUGAGGGUCUUUUGGGGCCCAACGCAUGCAACGACGACAAGGCUGUGGGGCUGUUUGUUUGCUGCGACAUUCUGCAGCACCUCAAGGAGGGGUCCAUUGGGCUCUGGCCGCGGUUUCUGCCGCAGCUGCUGGAGUGUCUUCUGAGUGAAGACCAGCGGGUCGUUCAGGCUGCUGCCUACGGGGUGCAGCAAGCAGCAAAGGUUGAGGGCUUUGCUGGCUUUGCUGCUGCUGCAGCGAGGAAUCUGCUGCUAGUCAUCGACAAGGGCAAGGGCAAACGCGGAAAAACAUGCACUGCAGCAGUGGACAAUGCCGUCGCCGCCCUUGGGGACCUCGUGGAGUACCAGGCAGCAGCUCUUGGGGCAGACACAGAACGCCUGACAGCAACUUGGUUGAGUUCGCUGCCUCUUAAGCAAGACGCAACAGAAGGCCUCCGCGUGCACAAGCAGCUUCUUGAAGCACUCAAGAGGGACCGCAACGGCUUCUUCAGCGCGGAGCUGUCCCGCGUGGGCCACGCGCUGGGGGUGCUGGCUGGGGUUUAUAAGACGGCGUUUGCCGAUGGGGAUCUGGAUAAGGAAACAGUAGCUCUUUUUGAAAAGGUGAAUGCCUCUGGCGAGCCCGCGCCCCUCGAGCAGCUAGCCAAGGCCUUCACCCCGAAGCAAACCAAGAAACUCAGACGCAUUCUCGAAGAUGCAGCUGCCCCGGCAUAG